AUGACCGGACGUGCAUGGGACUUGGUAGAAGACUUAGAUGUUGAACAACUGUCGAAUGAUGGGUACAGGAAAGUCUUUGAAAGACUUGACAAGGGUUUCCAGUUUGAUCCACUGACUGAGCUGCCUGGAGACUUCGAGAAGUUUUUCAUGUCCCUGAGCCGAAAACAGGGGCAGACACUUCAGGACUACACUCAGGAGUUCACUCAUGCCGAGAGACGCCUGAGGACCAUUCACCAAGUGGACUUGCCAGAGAAAGUCCGUGCAUGGUUCUUCCUUCGGAGGAGUGGUCUUUCGAAGGAGCAGAGGCUUAUGGUUUUGAGUUCAGUGGGACAUGCAAAGCUGGACCUCGACAAUGUGCAGAAGACAAUGAACUUCGUCAUUGGGCAAGACACGAAGUUGGAAGGGUCGAGAUGGACAAGAACCAAGGACUCAGUGAUGUACAACGACGAGACCUUCACCUCGUCUCCAUGGCCUGAUGAUGAUCAAUGGGACUACAUGGCAGAUCCUGCAUACUAUGAGGAUGACUAUGACAACCAAUGGCCUGACUAUGAUGCCUGCUACUACGAGGACACCGAGAACCUUAAUGCCGAUGAGCAGGACACUGAGGGUUUCGACACUGAAGAGUAUGACAACAUCUUCGCCAACUUUGUUGAAGCUCGCUCCAAGCUCAACCAGAUGAGAGUCAACAGAGGUUUCUACCCAGUUGUCGCUCUUGUGGACCAGAAUGGCAUGAAGGGUUCCGGACGUUCCAAAUCGAAGGGCAAAGGCAAGUCAAAAGGCAAACCGAAGGGGAGAGGUUCUUCGCCUUCUCAGAAAGGAAGCUUUGGAACUGCAAAGUCGAGAGGAAAAGCUGUCUUCGGACGUCAAAUCUGCGUUCGUUGUGGAGCUGCAGGGCAUCAAGCACGGAAUUGCCCAUCACAGGGCGAUCGCAAACGCAAAUCUGAGGACCAAGGUGACGAUGUGAUGAUGGUUGAAUCCGUCAAUGACCACAUUGACACCUCACUCCGACCUGAAUUCCUUUCGGAUGUGGCUGUGCAGGACGGAGGUGCUGCUUCGUUCUUGGGAUCCUAUGUGGCAUUGCGUCAAUACCUGUUCUAUCUCAUGGACUUGAACUACCCCAUGGAGUCGAUCGAGGUGUACAGCUGUCACAAGGGAUUCAAGUACGGCAACUCUCAGAAGGAAAUCUCGAACUACUGCCUGAUGCUGCCGAUCUUUGCAGGGCACAAGAGGCGACAUGUCUUGUGCUAUGCAGUCAAUGGAACAUGUCCGAUUCUCAUUGGACGCCCACUUUUGGAGAAGCUUGGAUUGACUGUGGACUAUAGCAACCGGAAGUAUCGCUGGAAUGGUCAACCAUGGAAGCCAGUGAUUCUGGGACGCAAGAACGAGUACUUGAUUCGUUUGGCUGAGAACUUCAAUGAGCUGGUCAAUGAGGAGCCCGAGAUCUUGGUUCCUGACGAUCAUGAAGAACACAUUGACUUUUCGACGAAGCUUGACAUUUGUCAUGUGCUGAUGAAGGAGGAGCCGCCAGAGGAUGCAAGUUGUCUUACAGCUGAGGAUGGAGUCAACGACAGGGAUGAGAUCAUCGAAUGUGCCAACUCGCCAUUUCCAAUGGCAUCACCAGAAGCUGAUGCAGAAGCACCGAAUGAGACGGUUGAAGAAAUCCCGUCUGAUGGAGAGGCUGAGGAUGGCAACGGUGAUAUGCAUGCAGAGGAGCCCAAUCGAGAUGAGACGGGAAUUCCUACAGAAUUUGUUCACACUUUGAAGGAUGUGGCAACAGUCAAACGACUGAGGCCAUCAGUGCUGACAAAGAUGAUACACACGGCAGAAAUGGAGAAGAACAAGUUGCAGAAGGUGAUGGCGAAAGCUGGAACGCUUGGGAAUGGAGUCUUCAGUCCCCGACGCAAAGUCUGGGAAGUUUAUGUGGGUCGUGGACGUGUCACAGAAUGUCUUCGGAAGAGAGGAGAUGUCGACACCGAGAUCUUCAGCUACCAGACCGGCUGGGACUUUGAUCGAGCAAAAGAUCGCACUGCAUUCUUGCGGAGACUCAGGAAUGAGGAGCCAGACGAGGUGUUGAUCACACCUGCCUGCAAGCUUUGGUCAUCGUUGCAAGAGCUGAGUGCAUCUGAAAGCGAUGUGCGCAAGAAGAAGUUGAUCAACCUUCGCAAGGUGGACCAUGACACACACUUGGUCUUCACAUCAGUGGUGUACGAGGCACAACGUCGAGCAGGACGUCAUGCAACGACAGAGCACCCAUACCUGAGCAGAGCAUGGAAGACAAAGGCUUACAACAGAAUGCAGGGAUUCGAUUGCUACGUCGAUCAGUGUGCCUAUGGCUUGAAACUUCCUGGAGAUCAUGGAGAGUGGCAUCCGGCUAAGAAGCCAACAACGUUCAGGACAACCAAGAAGUCGCUCUACACUGGACUUUGGCGACAAUGUCCUGGCUGCCCUUACCAUGUUCCCAUCAUGGGGAGCGCAAAAGGUUUUGGAGUACGAUCAGCUAUGGCAGAGGACUAUCCUCCACGACUGGCAAAGAAGCUGGCUGACCUGCUAGCUGAGGAGCCUACUGAAGAAGAUGGUGAUCCCAUCUUACCAGCAGAAGAGGUUGAUGCUGACGGUGUUGCAGUUAUGGAGAAACCCGAGGGUGAUGAGAAGGACGAUGACAUCAUUCUUCUCAAUGCACGACUUAGAGGAGAAGUCGGUGCACAGGCAUACAACUAUGUCAAGAGGCUGCACAAAUCGUUGGGUCAUCCACAACCUUCAGUCUUGAAGAAGAUGCUGAUGGAGGUGCAAGCAACUCAAGAUGUCUUGAAGGCUGCAGAGGAGUUCAAGUGUGCAACAUGCUACAGCAGAAAGCCGCCCUACUCAGUUCCCCCUGCCGCUGGACUUUCGGCAAGGAACGUCAAUGACAGGGUGAUGGCUGAUUCAGCUUGGAUCGACACAGAUGAUGGCCGCAAGUGCGUGGUGACUUUCUUGGACCAUGCAACCCGCUAUGUGUCCAUCAGAAUCCUGAAGACAGAGAGAUCUGAGGAGAAGGGUUCCUUCACCAUCAAGACGCUUGAGGAGGCAUGCAUCUAUGUGCCCCACCAGAUCAACAACAUGUCCAUGGUUCAAGGCUUUUCGCCUGCCCAAUGGGUGUUUGGACGAACACCUGCAUCAACUCACUCUUUGACUGCAGAGCUCUUCAAUCCAGGCUGUGACGCACUGGAUGAGCCUACACAGUUUGCAGAGGUUCAGAGGAGACGUGUGAUGGCGCAGAGGGCUUGGAUUUCCGCCGACUCUGAUGCCAAACUCAGAAGAGCCAUGAACAAGAUCUUCAACGAGGUCAAGGACGACGUCCAGAUUGGCCAGAAGGUAUGGUUUUGGAGAAAAGCUGGAUCGGGAAUCCUGCAGAAGGCCAAAUGGCGUGGACCGGCAAGAGUGGUUGCCAAAGAAGUCAACGAAGAUGGGAAAGUGCUGAUCCUGUGGCUGACUCACGGGACGAGCUUGGUGAGAUGCUCACCCCAUCAGGUGAGACCAAUGGUUGAGGAACAAGGCUGCCUCACAGCAGCUGAUCCUGCAGGAGCACUUCGAGAUCUUCAAGAACUUCGAGCUCGAAGCACCACACAGUUCAAAGACAUUGCCGAGUCUGACCCUACACUUGAGGACAUGGCUGAAGAAGAGGAACCAGAUGACUACGAGCCGAGCAUUGCUGGAGAAGAGGUGAUGCAAGAGGCUGGUGAGGAGAUGAGAAUGCCACUGCCUGGCAUUGUCAGCAGUUUGCUGACGCAUGGAGAUGUCGAGAGAGAGAGAGAACACCAAGGAGAGCCCGAAGGCUGA